AUGCUUUAUCCAUAUACACUACUAGCAUUCGUUCUUGUCUUCUUAACGUGCUUUACCCGUCCUGCACUGUCCACUUUUGUCGAUAGUCAGGACUGCCGUAUAGAGGAAGCUUGGAGCAAAUUUCGACCGUUUAUUACUGAUGUAGCUAUAGACAAGGAACUGAGGAAAUUAAAAUUCCUUAUAAAUUCUCAAGUGAUUAAUUACUACGGAGACAAUAGUGAUACAGAUGUUGCCAUUAGUGACUACAACCAAACGACAAGCCUGUACACAAAUUUACGAAUAAAGAUAAAUUACAUGGGACGACCGAUAAUAGAUGAAAGCAGGAGAUUUUGUGAUUUAGUAUCAGUUAAGGAUACAACCGCGUACAGAGAGGGCCCAAGGUUUUCAAAUGCAGCAAAAAAUGUAACGGAUAUUAUUACCAAUGGCACCAUACCGCAAGUACGUUCACAAAAUGCAUACAGUAAUAAUUCAUUAAUUGGGCACUUCAACGACACAGAUCUAGGGUCAUCAGAUUUUACCAUUUCCGAACUUUUUACAAAUGUGACUGGUGACCUAGUUCAAUGUCCUUUAUACUACAACGAUUCAAUAAUGAUUUAUUAUGAGGCCGAUAUCAGUCAACAUUUUCAUCGACUAGGAUCAUACCAAGUAACCUUUGUUGUUUAUGACAACAAUGAGGAAAAGGAUAUUAUCGGAUGCAGAAAAUCUUACAUUACCUUGAUACAACCAGGAUUUAUCGACGAUAUUAUUAGCGUUGGCGUCUUGGUUCUCCUAGUGACCACACUAGUGGUCAACAUCUUUACAGUGACUUGUUCAUCUUACCAAGAGUCCACUAACCCAUACCUAUUCAAAGCGUCUACAAUAUGUAACGCAAAGCUUCUAAAACAAGGAGAUGCAAGCUUAUCGGGAAUUAUUACUUACCUUCAAUACGCAUUAUUUCUAGGUGGGUUAAAUCUUCAAUAUCCCGGUUUUUAUCAACCCAUGAUCGGUCAAAUUUCAUGGUGUGCAUUGAUUGAUUUUAUUUUGGUCAAGGAUGAGACUAGAGGCCAUCAAGCACAAGUGGAUGAUGGGGUGUAUACUACUUUUUCAACAGGAGGAUUGUCAACUCUAACCCAGUAUAAUUCGCGAGCACAAGUAAGAAACAACUGGCCCAAUUUUAUGGCUGACCUAGGGAUGGUUAUGUGCUCUACAAUCAUUGUGAGACAGAUAAUUAUGUUCUCAAAACGAUUCCUUGACAAAGCUUUGAAACUGCAUUAUAACAAAUCAUUAGUUAAAAAUCCAUCUGAUUUUGUAUUUUUGUCGAAAAAGAAUUUGUAUUUGGUAGUGGGUCAGGUUUUGCAGAUUUGGUUAUCUGUGUUUGGUAUGCCGUUCCUAGUGCUAAGCUUGUUCAUGUUUCUAGCUGCCAAUGGUUUGAAUGGCAAGCAUCAUCGUUUUGCAAGUUUCCAUGACUUAAAGGUUGGUGCUCUAUCAUUCACCACACCUUACAAUGAGUUGCGAAUUCCCCACAGAUUGUUUUCUUUUGGAGAAUCCUUUUCUGCUCCAUGGGGAGGGGAUAUUUUGGCUCUAAAUGCAACUAAUUAUAACAGCAAAAGAACAAUUUCAAACGCUCCAGCAUCCGGGCAGCCAAACCAAGGCACUAGUGUAUUGGGCAAUUUUAGUGACAAUACACAAUUUAGUAACGGGACACUUCAUUCUGGUCACACUCUACGUUAUUUCACUAUUCCCAACGUUAGCUUAUCACUAGCAUCUAUAUUACUAGGAAUCUGGAUUGCUUUGGUACUUUUCUUUAUAUUUCAUUACUUGAUAUCGUUUUACCACAGAUUGAAGAUCAAAAGUUCGGCAAACGUUUCGAAAUUAUACACUAAUUUGAAGACCAUCUUGGUAUGGUCAUUUUUGUACCACAAAUACAAGCCACAAAGAGUCAUUUAUGUUAUAUUCGACUUUGCAAUUGUGUUUGCAAACCUGAUCAUUAUUGGAGUGCUUCAAUACAGUGGUGUUGCUCAAGUAACUUGUUUGAUGAUUACUUCGGCUAUUGAGCUAUUCGCCUUAUUUACCGUCAAGCCCUACUUUGUUCCUGUUGCCCCUUGGUCGUCACACUUUAUGUUUCCUGUGGCAAAAUGCUUAUGUACGGUUCUCUGCAUUCCUUUUAUUGCCUCAGUCAAUGCAAGCGAAGCAGUUAAAACUUAUGUGGCUUACAUUCAGUUGAUCGUACACAGCGUUGUGGUUCUAUUAUUCAUAAUGCAAUUGAUAUAUUGGUUGAUUAGAACAUGUGUAUCCAUCCACAAGUCUCGAAUUAGGGAUAGACCUCUUUUCAAGCAAGCAAGUGCAAUAACUAGCCAGGAUGAAUUUGAAAGACAAUUUGAAUAUAAAGCAGUCGUCUCACCAUUUAAUCAAAUGGCACGACAUUCCACUCACGAAUCAUAUCGCAACACAGCCUGUGGUUGUGAAUAUAACGACGAUGGGUUGUCAUCUAUUCGUGAGGAAGAAUUUUUGUUUCGUGGAGGUAGCAUUAGGGUCGCAAACACUAAUGGAGUUUCAAACGAUGAUAUCAUUUCCAAUGAUAUCACUCGUACCAGCUCUAUCCAAUCGUCAUUUGUCCGACAACUUCGGGAGUCAGAGUUGCGUAAGUUGAAAAAUGAUUAUCGAGUACGUGAAAUUGAUAAAGUUUAUGAAAAGUAUUUUGUUAAUGAUCAAAUCGAUCCCGAAGUGAAGGAAUUAUGGGAAAAUAGAAAACUAGCAAACGGGACUUUCUAUGGGGCAUCUUGCUCCAGUAGUGGGAACAAUUACAAUAACAAGGAGGAUAAAAAUUCGUCCUCGUUUGGGAUAAAAUUUAGGAAUAUUGUCAAUAAACAGCAACCAAAAAAGAUGGAGCCAGCAUUUGUUGUUUCACGACCAAGGCCUUUAAUUGUAAAGACGUUGGAGGAAGUGAAGCAAAGGCAAUAA